AUGUCCAACCAACAAGAAGAAGGAGGCGCUGUUCCCGCCAAUCAAAAAUCGGGAUGGGCGUCGUUUGUGAAAUCCAUCGCGUCCUUCUCUGGUGACCUGUACUCGAUGACGGCUCCUCCAUUUAUCCUCAGCCCCGUCUCUCUGACCGAGUUUCCGGCCUAUUGGCUUGAACGUCCCGAGCUCUUUGCCGCGAUUUCUGAUGGUGUGGAUGCAGAGGACCGCGCGCUACGCGUACUCAAGUGGUUUAUUGCUACUCUCAAGGGGCAAUACACUUCUCGUAACGAGAAGAUGGGUUCUGAGAAGAAGCCCCUGAAUCCUGUAUUGGGGGAACUCUUCUACGGGACCUGGCCAGACCAGAACGGCCGCGGCCUCACCAAGCUACUUGUGGAACAAGUCUCCCACCACCCCCCAAUUACUGCAUAUCACAUUACAAAUGAGUCCCGAAACCUCACACUUUCGGGUCACAAUGCCCAGAAGACCUCAUUUUCGUCUGGUGCUAUUCUUGUCAAACAGGUUGGACAUGCCAUCCUGACCUAUGCCCCUCCCGGAAAGGACGUUGAAAAGUACCUGAUCACUCUUCCACGAUUGAGGAUCGAUGGCAUCUGGUACGGAGCGCCUUAUAUCGAGUUGACCGACAACGGAUACAUCCAAGCAUCGACGGGGUACCUCUCCACUAUUGAGUACAAGGGCAAGGGCUACUUUAGUGGCAAGGCGCACUCGAUAAAGGCGUCGUUCGCCGUCAACCCAACUUCGCCCAUUGUCGUCGUAGAAGGACAGUGGGACACAGUCACAAAGGUCACCUCUGUGAAAGGCUCAAAGCAUGCGAAGACUGGCGAAACGUUUACCGACGUCACGACGCCAAAGGAAGAGGUUACCGUUGCACCAAUAGAAAGCCAAAACGAGUGGGAGACGAGAAAGCUGUGGCAGAACGUAGCCAAUGGUAUCCGGAGUGGGGACUUUGAGGCCGCAAGCAAGGAUAAGACCCGAAUUGAGAAUGAGCAACGGCAGCGAAGAAAAGAUGAGCAAGCUGCCGGCACGCCAUGGCAGCUCAAGCACUUUGUACACCUCGAUGAGGAUGCCGACUAUGUGUCUUUAGCGGCCAUGAUCAAGGACACUACUAAUGUUUUACCUACGGAGGAUUGCUAUGUUUUCAAGCCUUCCUCUGUGUAA